AUGGACAAGAUUCAUAAUGGCCCACCCCAUGAGUCCAACUUUGGCUACGCCUAUGCAAAAAGAAUGAUAGAUGUCCAAAACAGGGCCUAUUUCCAGCAACAUAAACGUUGCUACACAGCUGUGAUCCCCACCAAUGUGUUUGGUCCACAUGACAACUUCAGUAUUGAAGAUGGUCAUGUGCUGCCAGGUCUAAUUCACAAAGCUUAUAUUGCCAAAAAAGAGGGGAAGCCCUUGGUCGUCUGGGGCUCUGGCACUCCAAAAAGACAAUUUAUUUACUCUUUGGAUUUGGCUCGCCUCUUCCUGUGGGUUUUAAGGGAAUAUCCAGAGGUUGACCCGAUCAUUCUUUCUGUUGGUGAGGAAAAUGAAGUAUCAAUCAAAGAAGCAGCAGAUGCAGUUGUGCAUGCACUGGACUUUAAGGGUGAAGUGGUUUAUGAUACCAGUAAAGCAGAUGGGCAGUUAAAAAAGACGGCCAGUAAUGCAAAGUUGUGCAGCUAUCGACCAGAUUUUUGCUUCACACCCUUCCAACAAGCACUCAAGGAGACAUGUGAUUGGUUUGUCGCCAACUAUGAUACAGCUCGCAAGUGAAAACAGUACCAAGUGGGGAAAAACAACUCAAUCAGCAAUCGGUUACAAGAUGCUCAAACAGAAGUUGCCGAGAGCAUGGUUUGCAUUACUGAGUAAACUGGAUGAAGAAUCUCAUCUGCAACAUUCAACUAUGAAGAUUACUCUUAUUUUUCCAUCAGAUGUGUAUUGGUUUGUAACAUUUUCACAUUAAAAAGGCAUUGGCAAACUAAAAAUCUGCACG